UAUAUAAUGGCCGAUUCUGCUGGUCAAAAGCGCACGCUUUUCGUUCGCGAGCUUGCUGAUGAGGUGAACAAGGAAAUACUCUAUGCGUCGUUCAUCCCCUUUGGGAAUAUAAUUAACAUAGACUUACCUGUUGACAAGGAAAAGGGCACUAAUCGAGGUAUUGCGUUCAUUGAGUUUGAAGAUGAAGAAGACGCAAAGCACGCCAUUUUUAAUCACAACGAAUCUGAAUUAUAUGGCAGGGUCAUAAAGGUGGCGUAUUCUACUAAGGCGCAUGUUAAACAGGUGAAAUCGGCGAAUGUACGUCACAGAGCUGUUUGGCAUGAUGAUCCUACAUUUGGUCAUGAUUUGAGACCUGAUGAUGAAGAUCCACCUCAUGAUGAGGCGAAUAAAAGCUGAACCUAUGUUCUUCAUAAAUACAUUCCGG